UGCUUGCGUAAGCUGAAUGAACCAUCCAACUUGAACCAAACAGUUCACGUAAAUCAGCGCGCCAAUGAGUUUAUUCUCUGCCCGAAUAAUCCACUUCCAUCUCACUCACCUCGACACCACCAUCACCACCCCCGCUCCCACACCCCUCGCAAUGCGCCUCCCCGCCCGCAUCCUCCACGAGCUGGGCCUGGCCACCAUGUGGCGGGCCCCGCGCGACGUCAAGCUGCUGUGCGCGCAGCGGUUCGUGCGCCUGUUCGCCUACGGCGGGUCGACGCUGAUCCUCGCGAGCUACCUGUCGGCCGUGGGCAUCGCCGACGACUGGAUCGGCCUGUUCAUGACGCUGACGCUGGCCGGCGACGUCGUCAUCAGCUUCCUGCUGACGCUCUUCGCCGACGCCGUGGGCCGCCGCGCCGUCCUGGCCCUCGGCGCCGUGCUCAUGGCCGCCAGCGGCGUCGUGUUUGCCCUGUCCGGGAAUUACUGGGUCUUGCUGGCCGCGGCUGUGGUGGGCGUCAUCAGUCCGAGUGGAAAUGAGAUCGGCCCGUUCCGCGCCGUGGAGGAGUCUACCGUCGCGCAUCUGACGCCGCGCGAGCUGCUGCCCGAUGUCUUCGCGUGGUAUGCGCUGCUCGGGUCGGCCGGCACGGCUCUGGGCCAGCUGGUCUGCGGCUGGGCUAUGACCUCGCUGCAGGCGCUGCACGGGUGGGAGUUCGUUGCGUCCUGCCGCGUCGUCUUCUUCGCCUACAGCGCCGUCGGCGUGGUCAAGUUGUCCCUGACCUUGGCCCUGAGCCGCGACGUUGAGGCGGCCAAGAAAGACGAGGCGCGGCAGCCGCAGCCACAACAGGCACAACCACCGCAGAACGACGAGACACGCCCCCUACUGGCAGACGCCGCCGCCCCUCAGCAGCGCGAGCAGCCGCCCGCACAGAAGAAGCAGGGCCUGUUCGCCUCGCUCGACAAGGAUCUCUGGUCCCUAGUGAUCCGCCUGUUCAUCCUCUUCGGGGUCGACUCGUUUGCCUCGGGCCUGGCAUCGCCCACCUGGAUGACGUACUACUUCCGACGCAAGUUCAGCCUGCCCGAGGGCCAGCUGGGCAGCAUUUUCUUCGUCACCAGCACCAUCGCCGCGGCCUCCGUGCUGGUCGCGUCCUCCAUCGCCAAGCGCAUCGGCAAUGUCAAGACAAUGGUCUUCACGCACCUGCCCUCCUCGUUGACGCUCACCCUGCUCCCGCUACCCUCGCAUCUGCCGCUGGCGCUGACCCUGCUCAUCCUGCGCGCCUGCACGCAGAACAUGGACGUGGCGCCGCGCACGGCCUUCCUGGCGGCGGCGCUGCCGGCCGCGCAGCGCACCGCCGUCAUGGGCGCCGUCAACGUGGUCAAGACCACGGCGCAGAGCCUGGGCCCGCUGCUGACGGGCGUGCUGGCGGGGCGCGGCCGGUUCGGGCUCGCCUUCGGCCUGGCUGGCUCGCUCAAGGUCGUGUACGACCUCGGCAUGCUGGUCAGCUUCGCGGGGACGGAGAAGAGGAGGGCGGUUGCCGGGGAAGGGGGGAGGAGGAGGGCGGUGGUGGGGGAAGGGGAGGAGCGGGAGGGGGAUGAAGAGGGGGGCCGGUGAUCUGAGCUGGUUGAAUAGCGGAGGGGUGUCUGCACAAGGCCGUUUACUUCGUUACAUAGAUGCUUCACCCCCCUGGUGAGUUGUCCAUGACAUGGUAGUCAGGUGGGAGAGGAGGGGUGC